UACAUCGCUGACUCAAACAAAUCUGAUAAUUAUAAUUGCCAGUGGAUGUAUUGGAUUCAUUUGUUUGGUUUUAGUAGUUACCGUUCUUAUUUGUAAGCGGGGAAAUAUGAAGUAUAAAACAAACUCAGGUAAUAAUCAACAUCAGAAUCGCGACAGAGAUUAUAACGAUUUGGAUCCAAAUAGACAGGAAAUGCAUGUCUAUAACACUACACAAAACAAAGAUUAUGACGAUUUGGAUCCAAAUAGACAGGAGAUGCAUGUCUAUAACACUACACAAAACAAAGAUUACGACGAUUUGGAUCCAAAUAGACAGGAGAUGCAUGUGUAUAACACUACACAAAACAAAGAUUAUGACGAUUUGGAUCCAAAUAGACAGGAAAUGCAUGUAUAUAACACUACACAAGACAAAGAUUAUGACUAUAUUUGAAUCCAAAUAGACAAGAGAUGCAUGUAUAUACCACUACACAAUGAUUAUAGUCAUUAUACGACGAUACUUACUUUCAACCAAUACCGUAGAUUCAUGCAUUUUAUAUAGAGUACCAAUUUUCGUUGAUCAAGGAAAGAUUGUAUGUGUGUGGAUACUUGAUUUUGUGGUUUGUCAAAGUUUGCACACAAGCUUAUAGGGAAUAGUAUUUCGAUGAACACUUGAACGCGUGGUUCACCUUUCCCCACGCAAUCCAUGAUAAUUGGUACUCCAGGAAUAAAAAUGAUUCCAUAGUAAUUGGAAACUCUUUGAAAUAAUGCGUAAUUUUCCUGAUGGUGUACAAGAAAUGUCACGAGUUUUCAUACCUUUAGUAGAUGCAAAUUUUGUUUUAUUGCGUAACACAAGGAACAGGUAAUUAUCAGUUCUGAUAUUUUAAUUCAUACUGGAGGAGAUACAUCUUUGCAGAAGCUACAAUUUUACCUUUUGAAUCUGUCUAUCUGUAUGUACACAAUAUGUCCUUUAAAUUUAUAAUGUCUUGUUUCCAGAAAUUUUAGUAAUGCUCUUUCUUCGUUUACUGGUAAAUUAAAGUGAUUUGUCACUCAGAGAACAAUACAUUUUGAUUGGAUACUUACAUAGGAUCAGAAAAAAAAACAAAUAACGCAACGUUUUAAUCCAUUCGCCCCUAAUCCCGCCUGUAGUCGUAAUUGCAAUAGCCAUUCAUUCAUAGCCCACAUGAACCUCCGUACCUUUUUAGAACUGCCAUUGCUGAACUGUGUUGACAACAGGGACUUCAAUCUUGCAAUUCAUAGUCCAUAAACUCUUUAUAGAUGAGUAAAUGAGUUUAAGAAAAUAUGACAACCUUAAUGCCUUUAUGGAGAAAAAAAUAAAAUGCUAUGAAAACGGAUAUUUGACAUGCAUGACUUGCCAUUAAUAAUUCCCGAGUAAGACAAUGAAGUAAUAUUGACUUCCAGUCAACAAAGAUGUAUUGCUUUAACUACAAAGUAAUAGUUAAAUGACAAAAGAAACAUAGUUUUGUCAAUGUUCUCCUCUGAAGGUCGUAUUAAAAUCGAAAUAUAGACAGAAAUUGGCACAAUAUUCAGCUUGGAAAGGUUUGCACCCAUUCGCCCAUCUGUCGCCUCCCAAUUUCUUAUUGGUUAAUUUAUAAUGAUAGUUUUUAUCCCAAAUCUAUUCAAUUGUGAAUUAUUAUAUGAUUUAUAUUCCAAUUUGUAUCAGCUUCAUUUGGUAAUUUUCCUUCAGGAAGUCAACAUAAAAUACACAAUUUCACAUAUUACCAUACAACAUAGUUUUUAGUUCUUGUCAAAAUCUAUGUUUGAGCAUAGAAAUGGGGGUAAUUACGUAAUGAUUUGUAAAUAAUAACUGUAUGUAGUCCUGCACGAUAAUAUACUAGUAGUGUGCUUAAAAUUUAGAAAUAAAAGCGUCGUUUGAAAUGAUGAUAUUAAAUAAGUCGUGUGUAUUUACAUUGUUUAUGCAUAGCAAUGAUCUCAUAUCGAAAUAAAACUGAUGUUUCUAACGUGCAUAUUUCAUUUACUGCAUCAUAUGCAACAUUAUCACGUUGUAUAAAGGGUUUAUGAAAAAUG